GCUUCAAUAAAACUUAUCAACCAUUUACAACCUCUUGCCCUAUUGCGCAACUUCAAGAUAUUUGAAUUUCCAAAUACCGACACUUAUCUACCCUCCAAGUUCAAGAUUUCGAAAGCCAAAAGAUGGCGAAAGUACCAAGAAACUUUAGAUUGCUCGAGGAGUUGGAGAAGGGCGAAAAGGGUCUCGGAGCUGACGCUUGCUCUUAUGGUCUGACGGACGGCGACGACUUAUACAUGUCCAACUGGAAUGGCACGAUUCUCGGUCCUCCACACAGCGUUCAUGAGAAUCGCAUCUACUCUCUUACCAUGCAUUGUGGAGAGAACUAUCCCGAUGUUCCACCAACUAUCAAGUUCACUAAUAAGAUCAACCUUCCUGGUGUGCAAGAUGAUGGCAAAGUCGACCCUUCAAAGUUUGCAUGCCUUGCGAACUGGCAACGCCACAACACAAUGGAGACUGCCUUGACCGAGCUGAGAAGAUACAUGGCAUCUCCAACCAACAAGAAGCUCCCUCAACCACAAGAGGGUUCUACUUACGAUUAAGUACCUUACGCAUUCACUAGACGAGCCAUGAAACGAGCAAAUUUGAGGUCACAGCACUUAUUAGGCUGUGGAGAGAUGGGUGAUGCAUAUGACUUUUCUUUAUGUUGAUACGGAUGCAUCAGCGCGGCGAAAUUGGGUUUUAUAUCCCCGUUAUGAUAUUUAUUAAAUGAGAAAUAAACGAAUAAAACAAGCGGUGAUUAUUUUCGCAAGAAUACAAUGAUUUCCUCA